GACUGUGUGUAAAUUAUGGGCUCCUGUUGUCAAUGUGCCUGCUCUGCAUUAGACAUUUCACCUCGCCACUGUAAAUUAAAAAAGGGAGAUUGCAUUUAUCUGACAUUUGCAAGUGCAAACCGUUUGCAGCUCGGUCCCCUUGCAGAGGGCUCAGCGCAGUCUGCAAGAUUUUGGAAAUAAAAACGUGUUCCGUGCAACGAAAAAAAAAAUCCUCAUUUGAUUGCGAACUCUUUCUCCUGGGGAGGAUUGAAAUAACUCAACUCGGCGUUUUUGGAGUCGCUUAUUUGGGUAGACGGUGAUGCUCCGGCGAGGCGCAACAACAGAAGAGGGAAGAGACAGAAAGCAAGAGUAGCGAGCAGAGAGCUGGCGAGUGGGCGACGGGCACCUGCUCCACCUGACCAUCUGGUGUGUGCAUGUAUUCUGCUGCCAUGGCAACCGUGGGUCCUCUCCUCACGUUUCUUCUCCUGCUGCUUCAUCUGGCUGAUGGCUCAUUCCCAGAGGAGCCCAGUCCACUCAGCUACGUCCCUAUGGAGGUGGUGAGGAGGUAUCCGGUGUUCCUGGGCAGAGCUCAUCGUUCAGCGCAGAGACAAGAGCUGCACAUCCAGACGGUCCUCCAAGUCAACCGCACUCUCUACAUAGGAGCCAGAGAUGAUUUAUACAGAGUGGAGCUGGACAACAUGGCAGGUGAUGAGAUGUUCUACAGCAAGAAACGGACAUGGGAAUCCAACAAAAAUGACAUUCGAGUGUGCCGAAUGAAGGGCAAACACGAGGGAGAAUGUCGUAAUUUCGUCAAGGUUCUGCUCCAGCAGCACGGAGGCCUGUUUGUGUGCGGAACAAACGCCUUCAACCCGCUGUGUGCAAACUAUACUAGGGAUACUCUCGAAAUGGUGGGAGAGACUGUCAGUGGGAUGGCACGCUGCCCGUAUGAUCCACGGCAUGCCAAUGUGGCUUUAUUUGCAGAUGGAAGUCUUUUCACUGGCACCGUGACAGACUUUCUGGCAAUCGAUGCCGUGAUCUAUCGCAGCCUCGGCGACAGCCCCGCCCUCCGCACGGUCAAACACGACUCCAAAUGGUUCAGAGAGCCCUACUUUGUGAGCGCCAUGGAGUGGGGGCCUCAUAUUUAUUUCUUCUUCAGAGAAAUGGCAAUGGAGUUUCACCAUCUAGAGAAGGUAAUGGUGUCCCGUGUGGCCCGUGUGUGUAAAUCCGACCUGGGUGGCUCGCAGCGUGUUCUAGAGAAACAGUGGACCACAUUUCUGAAAGCUCGGCUCAACUGCUCUGUCCCUGGAGACUCGCACUUUUACUUCAACCUCCUCCACGCCACCAGCGGCAUCAUCCACAUGCAAGGGCGAGACGUCAUCCUGGGUCUCUUCUCCACGCCUCCAAACAGCAUUCCUGGUUCUGCCGUCUGUGUGUUUGACAUGCAGCAGCUGGCUCAUGCCUUCGAGGGACGCUUCAAGGAACAGAAAUCCCCAGAGUCGAUUUGGACUCCAGUACCAGAAGAGGCAGUCCCCAAACCUAGGCCUGGAGGAUGUGCAGUCCAGGGCUCCAGAUUUAGUUCAUCCACUACUCUGCCAGACGAGGUAUUAAACUUUGUGAAAACCCACCCUCUGAUGGAUGAGACGGUACCGCUGCUGGGGCACAGACCUUGGGUGGUCAAGACUAUGGGACGGUACCAGUUGACAGCUAUGGUAGUGGACACAGAAGCCGGCCCCCAUAGAAACCGCACAGUUUUGUUUCUAGGUUCAACCCGAGGGACCAUUCUCAAGUUCUUAAUGAUUCCCAGUGGGGAUGCAGUGUCCCACAGCAGUGUCUUCCUGGAGGAGGUAGAGGGCUUCAACCCAGAAAAAUGUGGUGAGGACUCUCCUCAGGCUCGCCAGCUCCUGUCUCUAACGUUGGACCGUACCAGCCACACACUGCUGUUGGCCUUCCCGUCCUGUUUGGUCCGUGUGCCCACGUCCCGCUGCCACCUGCAUUCCCGCUGCAUGAAGAGCUGCCUUGCCUCAAGGGAUCCGUAUUGUGGCUGGACCAGAGGCAGCACCUGCUCUUUCCUGAGACCAGGAACCAGGCUGCCUUUCCAACAAGAUGUGGAAUACGGAAACACCAGCUCCCAUUUAGGAGACUGUGAUGGUAUCCUGCAGCAAAGCCUUUUAAUAGAGCCAGAGAGUCUUGUCUCCCUCAAUCUACUGGUGGUCUCUGCAGUCUCAGCAUUCACCAUUGGGGCGGCGCUCUCGGGCCUCGCCGUCUGCUGGAUCAUGGCUCACAAGCCCGCCAACCGUCGCCAUAGCAACACCACCCAGUCAUCUAUCCAACGGCGUGAAAGGGGCCUAUUAAGUAAUGCUGGUGGAAUGGGAGGCUCUGUGCUCAGCGUGACGCGCCAGGGAGGUGGCGAGCGCCCCUGCACUCAGGGCGGGGAGACCCUGUUUGUGAUGCCCAACGGCUGGGUGAAAUCCGGGGAGCUUGACCCAGGUUUCCUACCCACCCCGGAGCACACACCCCAGCAGAAACGCAGAGGCCUGCGCCUGUCUGACUCCAACUCUGGGGGAUGGGACACAAGCCAGACCUACUUGGGGGGAGGCUCUGUGGGUCUGGGCUCCCCUUGUCGUAUUCCCCCCUCAGUGUACCUGACCACGAGACUGUUUCAGCAGGCGGGAGGCGGCCGGCACAGUGGCGAGAGCCGGGGAAGUGACACUCCCCGACAGCACUAUGUCUGUUUGAGCAAGCAAGAGAAAGGAGUGAAGGGGACUCCCAAAGUCCCCCUAAGGAAGUCCGCAGGGGAAUACGUGUACCCCAUGACGCCCCAGGACUCACCUGAGCGCCGGAGGGUGGUGUCAGCGCCCAGCGCACCCGUGGAGUACGGCGAACCUCUGCCUUUGCGCUGGCCAGCCCAGGAAGGCUACAUCCUCAGCAGCCACGGCAUGGUGCCCGUCCCCUUGCCUCCUCCCUCAAUGGCCGCCCCCAGCAGCCAGACAUACCAACAGCACACCCCUGCGCUGACCAGGGCUCUAUUGAGAGGGGCACUGGAGCGAGGGGAGCUUGGCGAGCUGAUGGACUUCAGCCAGCUAAUGAGUAAGAAGAAUUGCAAUGACAGGACUCCGGCUGGGCACUGACUGCUGAGGAAAUAAAGGGCCUGCAUGAGCGCCUUUCCACGUCUCUUUGCAUUGACCUGUCUUUAGCCUCAGCCACCCACCCACCCACACCCCCAACCCUCUCCAUCUCUGGACAUUUUUGUGCAUUGUCAUUCAAGCCCUCUGGUCUCCUCUGUGACUGUCUCAGGCAACCCCCCUUGCUCCCCACCCUCCAUUACCGUGUUGGCGAGGCUCUCGUUACGACUGGCUGCUGCGCCUGCCGAUCUUUUACUGGCUCGCACUAAUUGGUCAGAUGGACGAAGGUUGUUGCUGUGUCUGCAUUGCAGAGUUGCCUCGCCUGCCAGCGCUCUCCAAGGCAGCAGGGAGAGGGCACAGGAAAGAAAGAAAAGACAGCACUUAGUGGCUGUCGUGGAAGUGAAGCAAGACUAAUACAAGGAUGCUAUUUUCUUCACUGACAAAACUGUUGGGACACACCUUUUGGUUAUCUGAGGCAUUUUGGACAAUUCUGUGUUUCCAAUAAUGUGAAAACAGUUUAGGGAUGGGCUUUGGCCUUGUAGAAAUUAAAGUUUGGAAGAGUAGAAUCUUUAAACGCUGCAACAGAAGGAAUAACUCCAUAUUAUUUUGCAUUUUCACUUUCUGUAGGCAUAGGGAUGGGCAUAUUAAUAAAAUUUCCUUGUUCAAUUAAUAAAUUAUUUUUAAAUAGAUGGGAGAAUCUCUCUGAAUGUUUCGAACUCCUUUUUUCAUGCCAGUGGCCACAACCAAGACUGCAUCAACAGCACCUCGGCUGGUUGCAGUCAAGUACUGCACUCAUUUUUUUUUAAACUCGAUUCAUCAACCAUCACACAACUGACUAUUAUGCCCAUCCCUAAUCAGUAAUCAAGCGUCCAUUGUUCUCCACCUGCUGGUGUGACUGCCAUCUGACUAUGGUUCACGUCACACGUUUCGUGAAGAUAAUGAGCUUUAUGUGACUCAUCAAAAGUCGGUGUGACUAUAAACAGGAAACAAAAGAAGAAGCUCAUCUGCUUCCUCUUUGUUGUACUUAUACAUGCAAGUUGUUCAGUGUACACAGGCAGCGUGGCGUGAGUGUUAAAUGCACCCAAUAGUCCAAGUUCUCUCAUAGCGAUGCAGGAUCAUAACUCUUUGGAGAGAGGAGAGCAAGACUGAAAUGUCAGCAGUAUUCCUGCCAGCCGCAUGCUCUCUGUAAUGACGUUGUCGCCAUCACUGACGCCCAUUGCUCUUUUCACCCCCUCCGCCCCAUGUACUACUUAAUGGCCUAUAAUUCCAUGAGGAUGUCUCUGGAAAUGUUUGCACCAGAAAACUGACCAGAGAGGGAGAAAGGUGUAAUUGGGAAUGCCUUGUCUUUUUCCACACAUAUUCAUUCAAGCUGUAUUAUUGAACACCGUCCAGCUCUUAUGGGUAAGAAUUUUCCUGGAAAGCCCACAGAAGGUCAAGGUCCCACAGAAGUGAUGCAGAACAAAGUGACAGUUACAGAGGCGAUGAUGGAAACUCAAAAGCCAAUAGGUGUAAUGGAAAUGCCCCAAGCAGGCAAAUGGGCACAUAAAUCAUCGACCAUCGACAUGUCGAGUGCCAUGAGAGUCAGCAUUUAGAUCAGCACAACAUUGAGAUGGAUGUCAUAUAAAAAAGCAAAAGCCACCGACAUCAGCAACGAUAACAAUGUGCUUCGUUAAUACAGAUUUGCUUUGUCGUGUGCACCAAUUCUAUGGUCAAUGUACAUAGUAAGGUUUAAUUUCAACAAACACUAAGAUGCUAUCCA